AUGUCUGUGAGCCAAAUGCCUCACCUCAUCCCGGCCCCCGUAACAAAGCUUAUUAUUUCUUCUGGAUCAUGGAGCUCGGAACACAUAAUCCCCCCACUCAACAUCGCUUCCACCACGCCGGGGCACAUCUUUUUGCCAAGAAUUGACACAUUCUAUCAGGUAAUGAAGAAAACAUCGUCUUUGGUAACAACACUUCAAGGGAAAUAUUUUGAAAUCGUCCGAACAGGUCCCCUGGCUCCAACAACAACUCUAGGUUGGCUGGAGCUGGGUAGAGAUGGUCCGAUCUGGAGAAGAGGGCGGUUGGAUACGAGGGAAUCAGAUCUCCCCCGGGUUCCUGGCCCCUACGGUCUCCAGGAGAUCCGGGUCAUGAUACGGCCGAUUUCAGGGAUUCCUGAUUGUACUAGAACUACCCCACCUAUCUUAGAAGAUCUGUUCGUAGUUUCACAAGCGAUUCCUCCCCAAUCCCUGUACGGGAUGGUGUACAACGGCACACCGGCAGACGCCGCUUCCCCCUUGACUCCAUCCGCUUGCACAUACCCCUUCCGCAGCCCUGGGCCUUCCAGUGGCCCCUCUGUUGGUGGAGGGAGGCCACGGAGGCCAGAAACGUCGAGGGAACGGCAGGUGGAACAAGCUGUAGCAGGGCCAAGCCGGCCCACACCUUCCACCAGCCGCAGACGGCAAACGUCUGCCCCUUACGGGAGGGCGAGUGAGAGGAGGUCAAGGGGUAUAAAGUCCACUACACGUCGACAGCUACCCGUCACUCCACCAAACGUCCCCGCAACCGAUAAUAACCACCCCUAUUAUUGGUACCCACUCCAACAAUCGUCUAACGCCUUUCCCGGAGAGGCGUUUCUAAACUUUGGAGCGGCCACCACUCCAGGAGUAUUCGGGCAGCAGCCCACUGCAGACUCGUCCGCCCCCCAGCAGGGUUACGGUGCUGCGUCUCUGGGGGUGGUAUCAGCACCCUAUCCACUUACCGUCGAGGCGCACCAAGAGUCGCAGUUAUGGGCCCCGACCUCCAUCCCUGGAGGGGAUAUCCUGCAAAACAUCUUGACAUCCUUCCCGUCAGCCCCCGGCAGCAGUGGACACGCCCCCGCGCCAUUGCCUCCCGACGACCAUUUCUUUACAUAUUUUGACGUAGAUCCCCAGGGGGAGCUUUGA